AAAGUAAGGAAGAUGGAAGUGUUUGAUGCUGUUGAAUUAUUAAGGAGAUUUACUGGCUAAGCGAUAGCCUUUUGUCAACCCAACUGGAACAAUAAAGGACGACGAUAAGGGGAAAAGGGAAGAUAGCAUGCGACGCCUGUUACCAAACAUGGAAUUUUUUAGGUCGCCUGGUCAUGAACUGGCUAUUUAGGAACAGAGACUAAUGCGCGACAUUCCCACACUGAAAGCUCAUCAGUGCUGCAUAUGCGGGAAGAAUCAAGAGAAGGUGACCUCCCCACUUGGCAGGAAGUACAGGUCUGUUUUCUGCCAUUGUCUGAGCCCCUGAAUGGAUGGCCGUGUCAGGAAAGGGAAGCUGGCAGACGCUUACUAAAGCAGACUGGGAGAAUUAACAUGUGACAGCAGCAGAGAAAUUGACACACCAUACAGACUGAAAGAAAGCAGACGGUAGGCAAGACAUGCUGUUGGGGGGUCUCGGAAAGAAAGCUAAGCGUAUAAACGCUACAUGUAUAAACUGUUAGAGAUUGAAAGAGGAAGCAAUGUGUAAAGGAGUCUGCAUGUAGGCUGGCGACAGUGGAGGACUGACAGAGAUGGAUUUACAGAUUUUGUAUUGACAGCAAGGAGAGACACACAUAUCGGGAUGCAAUACACAGAGGGUGACUGGUAUCGUCUGUAGGUAGCGGUGGCUCCACUACAGAUGAGGGAAGAUGCUGGCUAUGGACCAAGGAGUGGUGGAGGAUUGGCUGUCAGAGUUUAAGACCCUGCCUGACAGUGCUCUGUCCACCUAUGCCACAUCUCUGAAAGACAAAGGCUCUCUGGUCCCAGCACUUUACAAAGUCAUCCGAGAGAACUACAGCGAUUUGCUGGAGCCAGUGUGCCACCAGCUGUUUGAGUUCUACCGGAGUGGUGAGCCGCGGUUGCAGCGCUUCACCUUGCAGUUCCUCCCAGAGCUCCUGUGGAGCCUUCUUUCCGUCAGCGCAGCAAGAGACCCCCACACCUCCGGCUGCAUAGAGGCCCUACUGCUGGGCAUUUACAACCUGGAAAUUGUUGAUAAAGAUGGACAGAGUAAAAUAUUGUCAUUCACUGUCCCUUCCCUCUCCAAACCAUCAGUAUACCAUGAGCCUUCAGCCAUCGGCUCCAUAGCGCUAACAGAAGGGGCCCUGGCCAAUCAUGGGCUUAGCAGGGUGGUGUACAGUGGGCCACACCACCAAAGGGAGACGUUCACAGCUCAGAACAGGUUUGAGGUGCUGACUUUCCUGCUGCUGUGCUACAAUGCUGCUCUCAGCUAUAUGGCGAUCUCUUCCCUCCAGUCCCUCUGCCAGCUCAGCUCCAGGGUAUGUAUAUGUGGUUACCCGCGGCAACAGCUGCGGCGCUACAAAGGCAUCAACACACGACUGACAGUGACGUCCGAGUUCCUGGUCCAGCUCAUCACGGGAAUACACUAUGCCCUGAGUAACGGGGAGGUGGAGCUGGGUUCUAAAGCACUGGAUGAUGUUCUUUACCGAGCCCAGCUAGAACUCUUCCCUGAAGCCUUAUUGGUGGGUAAUGCCAUUAAAUCAUCGCUGCACGGUGCGGCACUGAAAAGCAACAAGGAGGGUGCACGGAGUAUCCAGGUGGAGAUCACACCUACCUCCUCCAGGAUCUCCCGCAAUGCUGUCACCUCCCUAUCCAUCAGGGGCCAUCGCUGGAAGAGACACGACGCAGUGGAUCUGGGUUCCCCGGACGAGCUGAUGGAGAUUUCAGAGGUGGACGAAGGGGUGUGGCCAGGUGUGAUGGGGCCUGACAUGACUCCACCCACCAUCACGAUCAGCAACAGUGUCACCACGGCAAGCCUAGGGGCCAAGGCAAUGAAGAAGUGCCGGCUGGGCGGGCGCACCAGCAAAGACAAGGACAAAGAGGUGGGUCCAUUAACAACAGGAAGGGCCGCCAGCGAGUGCAAUGACCUGUCCAUCAAACGCCUGACACUCACCUCCAGCCAAUCAGUGCCCAAGGCAGGUGCUCUCAGCAGUCUGACGCGCACUGCCAGCGCCGUCUUCUCCCGCUCAUUUGAGCAGGUUGCUGCAAGCAAUGCCCCUCCCUCCAGCAACAGCAUUGCUUCUGAAGCUGGCCACUACUCAUGCAGUCUGCAGGAGGAGGGGCUGGGGUACUUGAGUCCUGGGCAAAACCACACACAGCGCUCACCCAGUAUCAGUGUACACCUUGGCUCUGACCUUUGAACCCUUUUGAACUCCUGACUACCUUAACAUUCACCUUUAACCAUGUGACCCUGUACUUGUGACCUGGAACUUCAAGCCAUGCCAAUUCCAAUGAACCACAAACUCAUGAACACACACUCCUCAUUUUGCUCAUCACUCCUUUGCUGUGUCUUUCUUCCUCUGAACUGGAAACCAGUCUCAUACCCACCGCCAGUCAGCCUUUUCCGGCCCAGUUCCCUCUUCUCCUGUUUGAUAGCACAUUGAUUCUCAUCUGGGCCAGAUGAUGGGAGGGAGUCUGGCUCAGCGCUGAUGUCUUCUUUGAACCAGUAGUACACAGCUAUUCCCCACAUUGUGCCAGGACAGAACUGCUGCCCUGUUUUAAUAGUGCGGAAACGCCAUGGAAUAGUGCGCACAUGACUAGGGGAUUUGGAAAACUGUAUUUCAAUAUGCAUUUGCCCCCCCCCCCCAUGGCUUUCCAUUUGUCCAUUCUGACCAUGCCCCAAUUUGUCAUUGGGCAGAUAGUGUGUGCGUGCAUGCGUGUGUGUGUGUGUGUGUGUGUUUGUGUGUGAGUGCACAACUGUUUUUAGAGUUAAGGCUGCUGAUUGAUGCAAUGAUCAAGAUAUGAUUCACCUAUAUGAGACUUUUUUUUCUUUUUUUUUUUUAAUACUUUUUAAAAAAUUGACCCCUUCCUUCCCAUAGCAAUAAAAAUCCCCUGUUUAGAUAUUUCCAUAUUUUGGGAAGUUUGGACAACCACUUGUGUUAACACUCCUGUCAUGAAAACAAACUUCAAAGCAGCACUUCUGUCAAGAUUGUUCCCAAAAGUAUUUGCAUUAUAACCACUGAAUGAUCAACCAAGAUGUUAAUAAUCUGUUUUAUUUGUGUUUACAAUCGGACAGUAUUGAUGUCACAAUGUGGAAGCAAUAUUUUUGUCCCCCUCUCUCACUGUUGUUGCACCUUUUCUGAAUUGCUGUGUCUCAUAUUGAAAAAUAAACAUCCAAGUUCUGAAGAAUUACCAGGACUUCUUUGAUUAACAAGACUCGUGAGUAUGGUUGCAUGGUGUAUCAAGUACAGAAUUUUGCACACAAAAGAGCAAGCUUUUGUCAUCUGUGGUAUUUUCUAAUGAAAACGGAGUCCUUGAUUUCAAACUGUUAUUUCCCCAUGUGAAAGAGCUACAUGUUAUAUCUGACUAUUAAUUCUUUUAAAAAGGAGGACGUUCCCUCAGAAGGUUGUCUAUAUUUUCAAAUAAGUAAGACCUUCUUGCGUCACAGCAAGAAGGUCCUGGGUUCAAGCCCCGGGGUAGUCCAACCUUGGGGGGUCGUCCUGGGUCGUCCUCUGUGUGGAGUUUGCAUGUUCUCCCCGUGUCUGCAUGGGUUUCCUCCGGGUGCUCCGGUUUCCUCCCACAGUCCAAAGACGUGUAGGUCAAGUGAAUCGGCCAUACUAAAUUGUCCCUAGGUGUGAAUGUGUGUGUGUGUGUGUGUGUGUGUGUGUAUUCGGCCCUGUGUGAUGGACUGGCAGCCUGUCCAGUGUGUCUCCCCGCCUGCCGCCCAAUGACUGCUGGGAUAGGCCCCAGCAUCCCUGUGACCCUGAAUAGGAUGAGCGGUCUGGAUAAUGGAUGGAUGGAUGGAUGGAUGAAUGUAUUGUCACACUGUCACAUGGACACGAGCAAUAGCAGUUGGGAGUGGCUCAGGCUGUAUGCCUCCAGUCCCUAAAAUAUUACCCGUUAUCCAAACUUACCCCAGCCUUUAAAUGACUUCUCAGAUUUAAGUGAAUGGUAAGCAUCUGAAGCGAUGGCUACAUCUAGCUUCUUAUAAGGCCAGGUUUAGCCAACACUCACACCGUCUUUCCCGACACUUUGCUAAGUGGGAAAGAAGUAUGGGGCAUUAAGGAUCUCGACUCCCCUCCGUUCCAAUUUAUCCUUAAUUUGAGGUGCUGGUAGUAAUAUAAUGUGAUGUGUUUCUUAUGUCCAUCAGUCUUGUUUGCCGCCUCCUCUCUGCUUUUCAUUUCAGAGCAUGGUGAUGUUCAAUUGUACUCGAAAAUAAAUGAAGCUCCACCCAUUUUGAUACAUUAGGUGUCCUAAAACAAGUAUUCAUCCCAUCCCGUGCCAAGUGUGUUAAGAAAAAGUCUAACGGUAUGUGUUUUAGAGCUGUUCAGUUUCUAUAUUGUGUUGGGACAAAUAACAAUCAUCCUGUUUCUGUAUGUGGGUUUUUCAGAAUGUGAAACGGUGAGCUCUUGUUGUACAUUAUACUGCUGUUGUACUAAAGCUGGUUUACAUGGGCCUUUUCUGUCUGAAGAUAACUCACGGCUAGAUCUUCUGGGAAUAAAGUGUUUCUAUAUUUCAAUCUUGUUGGUUUAGUUUGUGUCUCGUAAGCGCAUCACGGCGCGCUGGUUAGCGCUGUCGCCUCACAGCAAGAAGGUCCUGGGUUCGAACCACGGUUCGAACCUUGGGGGUCAUCCCAGGUCGUCCUCUGUGUGGAGUUUGCAUGU